GCCUAUUUAGCUUUAUGAUUUGAUAGUUUAAUCUUUAUUUUUCAUUGUUUGCUUUUCUUGGGUAGUUGCCUUCUGUUUAGUUACAAAAGUAGGUCCAGUGUGCCCCUUCAUCUCCUCUCUAGCCUUGUUUGUUAACUGAUUUUUCAUUCUGCCAGGAAUAAAAUAUUUGGUUUGAGAAAGUAUUGUUUCAUUAUUCUGCAAUCUUUACCUUUCAGAACCUUUCUGUUCAUGCAAACCUGGUCUCCUCUCAUAUCAUAUCUACCCCUUUUUUUGAUGAAUUCAGAUUGGUCUUGAAGUACCAAUAUAUUAUGAAAAGCUGUGGGUCUUGUGGAUACCCUUUGAACUUAACAUCUUCCAAUCGAAUCACUUCCAACAUAGGUUCUGAAUAUCACAAAUCCAUAAAGAAAGGUUUUAUCUCCUUCCUGUCUGUUGAUCUUAGCCGGUUCACGCAGGUUGAUGAGGUAAAUUGUCUUCCUUUCUACUGGGGCCGCUAUCGUUCAAAAACUAAACUUCUUUGCCGUAAAUGUGGAGUUCAUAUAGGUUAUGGUUAUGGCGAUUCUCCUGCUCUCUGUGGUUUUGAUUCCCCCAGCUCGUCUAGCUCAGCUUAUAAAAAGUUUGCCAUAAAGAUCCGAGCUUUACAGCCUUCACAUGAGUGCUAA